AUGGCAGUGGGCGGGGCGAGCGCUGGUGACGCGACGCCUCGGCGCAGGCGGCACUGCGCGUGCGUCAACGGCGAGCAGGGGGGUGGCGUGCGCGUGCGCGCGCGGGUGAGCCCGGGGCGCCGGGGCGUGCGGAGCAGGGCUGGCCGGGGACGUUACAGCAAGAUGGCUACUCAGGGUUGGGUGGCUGAUAGGCUGGGUGAGUGGGUGAAGAAAAAUCCUAGCAAAGGGGCCAAGGAUGCAAAGGAGAAGGUGGAAGGAGAUUAUGGCAUCAAGCUGAAGUAUUCAAAGGCAUGGUCAGGUCUGAAACUUGCAUUAGAACAAGUUCAUGGUAAAUAUGAGGAGAGCUUCCAACUUUUGUUCAACUGGAAAGCACAGAUGGAUAUCAGUUCACCUGGUAGUAUCAUUGAAAUAGAUUUAGAAAGGAAGAAUAAGAAGAUGCGCUUCAGGAGGAUUUUUGUUGCAUUGAAGCCAUGUGUAGAUGGAUUAUUAGCUGGUUGCAGACCAUAUAUAGGUGUAGAUGCCACAAAAUUGAAUGGCAAAUACACUGGUCAGUUGGCUUCUGCAACAUCUAUUGAUGGGCACAACUGGUUGUAUCACUUAGCUUAUGCUGUUUUUGAUUUAGAGACAGAGGAAAACUGGACAUGGUUUAUGGAACACUUACAGAGAGCUGUUGGGACUCCAGAAGGCCUGGUCAUUUGUACAGAUUCUUGUAAAGGGCUAGACACAACAGUUGGUGCUGUUUUUCCUACAGCAGAGCAUAGAGAAUGCAUGAGGCAUUUGUAUGGAAACUUCAUGAAGUAUUACCAAGGUGAUGUUUUCACAGAGCACUUGUAUCCAGCUACUAGGAGCUACACAGAGUACAUGUUCAAGUGGCACAUGAAAAGAAUCAAUGAUGUUGCUCCAGAUGCUAUAGAAUAUCUUAAGGAGUUCCACAAUAGGAUUUGGUAUAGAAGUGGAUUCUCAUAA